AAACACUCGGCGAGAAAUCAAACAGCAGCUAGCAAUCAUCUAGCCGGUUCAUCGCUUGUCGCAGCAUCUUCUUGCGUCCUUCGUGCACCUUCCGCGGCUGCCUAAUGGCGACUAUGAUGGCGAUGAGCUCCUUCGCCGGUGCCGCCGUCCUGCCUCGUGGCUCAGCUGGCCGCUUCGGCGCCCGCUCUCUGCCAGCGCUGGGCCGACGCGCCCUUGUCGUCAGGGCACAAACCGAGGGCCCGAGCGCACCACCGCCAAACAAACGCAAGGCGAGCACCUCGAUCUGGGACGCGAUGGCGUUCAGCGGCCCUGCGCCGGAGCGCAUCAACGGACGCCUUGCCAUGGUGGGCUUCGUGACGGCGCUCGCGGUGGAGGCAGGCCGCGGCGACGGGCUCCUCUCGCAACUCGGCAGCGGCACCGGGCAGGCGUGGUUCGCCUACACUGUGGCGGUGCUGUCCAUGGCGUCCUUGGUGCCGUUGCUCCAGGGCGAGAGUGCUGAGAGCAGAGCCGGCGCCAUCAUGAACGCCAACGCGGAGCUCUGGAACGGCCGCUUCGCCAUGCUCGGCCUCGUCGCUCUUGCGGCCACCGAGAUCAUCACGGGCGCGCCCUUCAUCAACGUGUAGACUAAACGUAAACAACUUUGUUGUCGACCAGAUAGCACAACCUGUACUUAGCUAGUAGGACAUGUAAAUGAUGAGAACUGAUCAUCCUCGUAUUCUUUGUAGUACUACUAAUGAAAGAUACUCGAUCAUGAGUAGUUUUAACGUCC